AAGUUUGGAUGAAAUGGAAAAAGAAACAGAAAGGGAAAUCGAGCAAAAGCCCCGUGACCUGACCUGACCCAAUAAAAAGAAGAAAAGCCAAGCCGUGAGGGAUUGAAACAAGCAUGAGCGGCGGCGGCAGAGCUCCACCGACGGCGAGCACGAGCGUGACGACCACGAUCACCCUUGAGAAUCCGGACGCGUCGUCGUCAUCUUCGUCGGGAUCCACAUCUUCGCCGUUGGUUUUGCGGCUGAAUCGGAAGAAGAAGCAAGUCACCUGGAAGGAGGGAACCGUCGACAACGAGUUUAUGCAGAAGAAGAGCUCCAAAAAGUGCUGCAUCUUCCACAAGGAUAAGCCCUUUGACGAAGACGAUACCGAUGAUGACGACGAUCACCACCACGACCACGACCACGACGAUCCCCCCUCAUCUUCUCAAAAUCACAGCAGCGUCUGAUCUCAUCUCAUCAAGCUUUCUAUUCAAUUGAUCAUUUUGGAUGUGCUUGAUUUUGUGAUUGUUUUUAGUGCCAUGCUUGCUUGAUGUAAUAUUGUUGAUGUUUUUCUUUUUAUGCUCUGCUCUGCUCUGGGUUCGGAUGUUGUUGAUGUUUAAUAUGGAUUGAACAUUGUAGUUUCACCCGAAAGGGGAAUACAUUUGGUUAGAUUCAUCGUUUUCGUA